AUGGUGCAGAUCAAAAACUAUAAAACUAGAUGUUUGUCUAACAAGAAUACUGACGAAUCACACGACACUCAGAAAACAUAUACGAAGAUUAAAAUUAGAAACAGAACCAAGCUGCAGAUGUUACUGUCCCUUCGCGUGGGAGCUGUGCGGGCAAGUUCAGCCGAAUACUAUGUGUCCAAUGUUAACCCAGAACUUUGGCAUCAUAUGAAAUCUAACCUGGUGGAAAACUUCACGCAUGGACUCCAUAAGUUGCACUCUGGUGGACUAGAUCUCUUAGUUGGAGAUUCGGCCAUACUUGACUACAUUCGAGCCAAUGACCCAGGCUGUACUUUACGCACGCAUGGUGACGACCUUGUCCCAGACACCUUUUCUGUGGCAAUGGCAAAAGGCUUCCCACUCAAAGUGAAAAUCAACGCAGCUUUGGCCCGCUACCAAGCGUCUGGCCAUCUGGAUCACUUGAAACAUAAGUGGUACGGCGAGCUGCCCUGCUUCCGUCUCUCAGCUGAUAUCUAUAAGCCUCAGGCACUCGAGAUACGAACAGUAGCCGGAGUUUUCUUGAUGCUUACACUGGGAAUUGGGGUCGGUCUGGUAACUCUCAUCCUGGAACACAUUGUGUAUCGUUAUGCUCUUCCCUCGCUGAGAACUAAACCCAGGGAGUCAAUGUGGAGGAACAGGAAUCUGAUGUUCUUUAGCCAGAAACUAUACAAGUUCGUCAAUUGUGUUGAACUUGUCUCGCCUCAUCACUCGGCCAAGGAACUCGUCAACAAUAUUCGCACAGGUCAAAUAAUGGGACUUUUCCAAAAGUCUGUCAAGAGGGUAGGUAUCUCUCAUUGGAUAUGAAUGCUUUCAUUAUGUCACGUUACGCGAAUGGGGCUGGUUUGAGAGUAGGUCAAACAAGAUGUAGGCCUACUGCAUGUGGCACCCGCUAAUAAUGACAUUUAAA